AUGGCCACCCUGCAAUCGAAACCCACAGAAGAGGGAGUGAAGGCGGCUGUUGAUGAAACACUAGCAUCGCUGCAAGCACCCCUGCGUGAACUCAAUCAUACGACAGCGUAUGAAGAACAUCAUGCGCAUAAUGCCAUCUGCGACUUCCUUGGAAAGCAAGGCUUCAUCGUCACUCGCCACGCCUACGGACUAGAUACCUCCUUUCAGACCACCAGCGGAUCUGGAGGGCGACUAAUCAACUCCAAUGCUGAAUACGAUGCCUUGCCCGAGAUUGCACAUGCAUGUGGCCACAACCUUAUCACUACUAGCAUUGUCGCAGCCUUUCUUGCCCUUUCCGCUGUGCUGAAACAGUAUGGCCUUCCGGGGCGGACUCAGCUGCUGGGUAACCCAGCAGAGGAAAACGGCGGGGGCAAGGCCAAACUGAUUGACGCAGGAGCUUAUCAAGAUGUGGAUGUGUCUUUGAUGGCGCACGAAUUUAUCUUUCACGCAGGUCCCCGAGAGCUCUUCCCAGGUGUCUUAUCGGAUGGCGUUGGAGGUGUCCGGAUGAAUGCGCGCAAGGAGAUCCAUUGCACUUUCCGGGGUAAGAGCGCCCAUGCGGGAGGUAAUCCCUGGGAGGGCAUCAACGCACUAGAUGCUUUGGUGGCCUCGUAUAACAAUGUGGCUGUUCUACGCCAACAGAUGUUUCCAGAUGAGCGGGUACAUGUUGCCUUCUUGGAUACACCAAAGUGGCAAGUCCGAAGUCCGACCCUAAGAGGACCGAAUGUCUUGAUGAGCAAAGUGCGGAACUGCAUUGAGGCCGGCGCAAUGGCUAAUGGAUGUGAAGUUGAGGCUGACACUGGUAGAAAUGAACUUUACACGGACAUUAAGAUCAACGACACUCUGUGCGAGCGGUAUCAGGCACACAUGGGCCGCUAUGGACGAAAUGUGUUGACACAGCACGAAAAGGUCUUGACAGGAUCAUCGGAUAUCGGAAAUGUCAGUUAUCUUGUACCAACGCUUCACACGAUGCUCGGAAUUACAAACGAAAAGGGCUCGUUCCCCUAUCACCCCAGCUUUGCCGCUGCGGCAGGGACUGACAGCGCUCAUGAAGAGGCUGUGAUUGUGGGCAAAUCGCUGGCAUUGAUCGGAUGGGAUAUGCUGACAGACGAUGGACUAUUUGAGGCGGCGCGGCGACAGUGGCAGCAGGCUGUGGAGUAGAGAUGUUACUCAAGUGUAGUGGCUGUCAGUACAGUCAUGAAAGAUCACCACCUUUUUAGUGAACCAUAUCGAUGGUAGGCUAGAAGAAGCAUUGUCCCUGAGAGACAGCGAUGAUGCAAUUAGGGCAUGACAGGUGAAACACCCGAAAGGUUAUAAGUGAUCGGUAGAGACAGGCGGGAUUCGGCCUUUUUCCGGGCUGGGUUGCGGGGAGGAAUGAAGGGGUGAAGAUGUUUUCUUCCAUGGAACCUUUUCUUCAACCCCCCGACCAGAUUUUCCACUGUUACCUCAUACUUUCAGUCUUCUUCUUGGUCGGGUUCGAGGAGGGAGCUCCCGCUGACUAAGCCUUCUUCCCCGGUUUCGCUUCUUCAAUUUUUUCCUGGUCAUUCCGGCUUGACUUUCUUUUCUGCGCCAACCGAUCGGAAAAUAACAGGAACAAGUUAUCGUUUUCCGAUCUCCUUUGCUGGGCUUCUUUUCAUAU